AUGCAAGCUCCAGUUGUGUUCAUGAACACGAACCAAGAACGUACUUUUGGUCGUCAAGCACAAAUCUCUAACAUCACCGCCGCCAAAGCAGUAGCAGAUGUCAUCCGUACAUGUUUGGGUCCAAAAGCUAUGUUAAAGAUGUUAUUAGAUCCAAUGGGUGGUCUUGUCUUGACUAAUGACGGUCAUGCCAUCCUUAGAGAAAUCGAUGUGGCACACCCUGCUGCCAAAUCAAUGUUGGAAUUAUCAAGAACUCAAGAUGAGGAAGUCGGUGAUGGUACUACCACAGUCAUUAUCCUUGCUGGUGAUAUUUUGGCCCAAUGUGCUCCAUAUUUGAUUGAGAAAAACAUUCAUCCUGUUAUCAUUAUUCAAGCCUUAAAGAAAGCUUUGAGUGAUGCGUUGGAAGUCAUUAAACAAGUUAGUAAACCUGUUGAUGUGGAAAAUGAUGAAGCCAUGAAGAAAUUGAUUCAAGCUUCCAUUGGGACUAAAUAUGUUAGUCACUGGUCAGAAAAGAUGUGUGAAUUGGCUCUAAGUGCAGUUAAGAUUGUUCGUGUUGAUUUAGGGCAAACUAUUGAAGGAACUCCAAAUUUUGAAAUCGAUAUUAAAAGAUAUGUUCGUGUAGAAAAGAUUCCAGGUGGAGAAGUCUUAGAUUCUAAUGUCCUAAACGGUGUUAUGUUAAAUAAAGAUGUUGUUCAUCCUAAAAUGUCCCGUCAUAUUGAAAAUCCACGCAUUGUUUUAUUAGAUUGUCCGUUAGAAUAUAAGAAAGGUGAAUCCCAAACAAAUAUAGAAAUCACAAACGAUGAAGAUUGGAAUAGAAUUUUACAAAUCGAAGAAGAGCAAGUGCAAUUAAUGUGUGAACAAAUUUUAGCAAUUAAACCAGAUGUUGUCAUAACUGAAAAAGGUGUAUCUGAUUUAGCUCAACAUUUCUUACUAAAAGGUGGUUGUUCCGUUCUGAGAAGAGUUAAAAAAUCCGAUAAUAAUAGGAUUGCGCGUGUUAUAGGAGCGACAAUCGUUAACCGUGUAGAAGAUUUGAAAGAAUCCGAUGUUGGAACACAAUGUGGGGUAUUCAAGGUAGAAUUGAUUGGUGACGAAUAUUUUACCUUCUUAGAUGAUUGUAAAGAACCAAAGGCUUGUACAAUUUUACUUCGUGGAGGAUCUAAAGAUAUAUUAAAUGAAAUUGAACGUAAUUUAGAUGAUGCUAUGGCAGUCACCCGUAAUGUUAUGUUAUCUCCAUCAUUAUCACCAGGUGGUGGUGCUACCGAAAUGGCAGUUUCUCUUAAAUUGGCAGAACAUGCGAAACAAUUAGAAGGUAUUCAACAAUGGCCAUACCAAGCGGUUGCUGAUGCAAUGGAAUGUAUUCCACGUACACUAAUACAAAAUGCCGGUGGAGAUCCAAUAAGGGUUUUAUCUCAGUUGAGAGCUAAACAUGCUCAAGGAAAUUUCACCAUGGGUAUUGAUGGUGAUGCCGGGAAAGUUGUCGAUAUGGUCGACUACGGUAUUUGGGAACCAGAAGUUAUUAAGCAGCAAAGUAUCAAAACAGCUAUAGAAAGUGCAUGUCUAUUAUUAAGAGUUGACGAUAUUGUUAGUGGUGUCAAGAGGGAAGAGCAAUGA